UGUCAGUGGCCUAUUGUGAAGAGAGUACCGAGCGCGCGAGUACCCAGCACACGAACACGAACCGACGAACCGUCUGAUUGGCAGCGGCGGAAAAGUCAUCAAACGCCGCGAUCCACAUGCGUGCCCCUCCGUGAAACACACCACACAACAAAACUGCAGAGUCCGGCCAGAGGCACACCGACACAGAGACGUUGUGUGUAAUCUCGCGGCCGAACGGUGCUUGUUUGCGGUUGUUGCAAAUAAUCGAACGUGUACGGCCGACUCUUCCGGCAGCUUCUCCGACCGAUCAGCUGCCGAUCAGCUGGAACAGGCCUCUGGUGGAGCCCAUAGCCCCAAAGGUUCAGUGCAACGAGUUCCAGUGUUCAAGUGUAACGAAUUCCAGUGCUUUCUAGCAAAUCCCCUAGACUAGCGAGUGAUAGUGAACAUCGGGUGUGUGUGUGUGCACAAAAAACCGCCUAAACCCAGUGUUAGUUGUGGAAAAAGUGUUGUCUUCCCGCAGACCAUAGACGAAACACUUUUCGCGACUCCAAGUGUAACAGCGACCGGCAGCGAUGGCCACGCUGCUGUACACGAUCAUCGGCAUGACGGCUUCGGCCUCGCUGAACUGUGCGGUGCGGCGUGAAAUAUCGCCCUGCACCUGUUCGCCCGGCCUGUUCGCCAACAACAUCGACGUCAAGUGCGAGCAGAUGGAAUCGUUCGGGCAGGUGGUGAACGCGCUCCAGGAUCGCUUCACCGAGGAUCACAACAUCUGGCUGACGAUUUCGCACUCGCAGCUGCUCGAUCUGGCCGCCCUCUCGUUCUGGGAGAUGAACAUGAACAUCAAAUCGCUCCGGAUAAACUUCGACAACCUGAGCCAUCUUCCGGUAUCAUCGUUCCGUAAUUUACCCCGGUUGGAUCUGUUCAGUGCCGCAGACAAUCUGCUCGAGGAGAUACCGCCGGACAUGUUCGAGCAGAUGCCCAACUUAGGUACGCUCGAUCUAGCCCGCAGUCGCAUACGCUACAUAUCGGGCGACACGUUCCGGCACCUUCAAAACCUUCGUCAUUUGAUCAUGGGCAACAAUCAACUGCAACGCAUCGAUACGGACGCCCUGCCGAAAACGAUUCACUCCCUGCAGCUCAGUAUGAACCAACUCCGCUCCCUGAACGGCAGCAUUCGGCACCUUGACGAGCUGAAGCUACUGUUCAUCAACGAAAACAACCUCACGACACUGGCCGGUGAGCUGCCGCUCGGCUCGCCUAACCUUAUCAUGAUAACGGCCCAAAACAAUCUGCUCGAGCAGCUUCCUACGGAGCUGCGGUUCCUGAAGAAUCUGGACAACCUUUGCGUCCCCGGCAAUCGAUUGCGCUCGCUGGACGGACUGCUCGCCCGUGCCACCCAUCUGACGAAGCUGCUCGCCCAGGACAACCAGAUCAGUGAACUGCGCCGGGAUGAGUUUGUCGAGGCGGAACGGCUCGAGGAGCUCAAUCUUGCCGGGAACUGGCUGGUGAAUCUGAACGGAUCGCUGCUCAACUGCAAGGGACUGAUCAACGCCAACUUUAGCGAGAACCGGCUGCGUGAGUUUUCCCUGCAGGAGGUGGCUGGUUUGCGGAAGUUGCGCCUGCUCGACCUGUCCCACAACCACAUUGAGGUGUUGAGCGGACGGAUGGAGAAUAUGAUCGAUUCUGGACUGAUCAUUUCCGAACUACGGCUCAACAACAAUCGGCUGCGAUCGCUGGACGGUGCUCUGAUGGGAUUGAACAAUCUGCGCAUUCUGAACGUGGCGCACAACGAGCUGCAGACCAUUACCCCGAACGAUCUGAUCGGUAUGGAGGAGCUGGAGCGGUUGGAUCUAUCAUUUAACCAGCUCAAGACACUGGAGGAACUGUCCAAGACGUUCCUGCCCUCACUGGAGUCGUUGAAUGCAUCCUACAACCAACUGACCACGAUGCACAAGGAUUUCCACGGACUCCCGAUUCUAUGUGUGGCCGAUCUGUCGAAGAACAUGAUCCGAGAGCUUUCGGUCGAUCUUGUGUCGAAUACUCGCUGCAGUAAUCAUGGUGUUCCGAACCGGUUGGAGAUCUUCCUCGACGAAAAUCCUGUCCUCUGCAACGAAUCGCUCCCGGAGCUGAUCAACCAGAUGGAGUUCUAUCACACACGUCUCAACGGUGUCGCUCACUGUAUCGUCCCUCAGCAGAUGCCAGUAGAGACACCGAUCUUCAUCCAACCACCGAUCGCCAUGUUGCAGCCUCUGCUCAAACCUCAAGCCCCGCUCGUACCCUCGAACGUCAUGAUCCAACCACCCUCGAUCGUGCAGAUCCUCGUCCCCUCGACGCUCGUCAUGCCGGCUGCCGCCGUUGCUCCAGCUCCAUCCGUACCAUCGGCAGCAGCUGCUGCCGUCUCGGUCACUGGACCCAUCACACCGAUUCUACCUGCUGGCGUCCCACUAGCCCUUGCCACCGUUGCUCCGAUACCGAUUCUUUACGAAACUUCCACCCAUGCACCUGCACCUCCACCGAUGCCGAUAGUGGCAGCUCACCUCCCGAUCGCAUCUUCCGUAGGUGCGUCCCCUUCCACGAGUGGACCCUCGCUACCCAACAGCAUCCCCCAAACUCAUCUACCGGAUCUUCCCGUAAACGAUGACGAUCUGGACGAUGAACCGGGCGUCAGUGUACUCACCAUCCCACAGCAGCAGCCAUACGAUGAGUUGAAGUAUGAAACGGCCCCAGCACAGGACCCAAUGGAUCGUUCCGGCACCGUGUCGAUGGCGGGACACACCAUCCAUGACGAUAACAACGAUGUUGGUCGAACGGCCAUUGGCACGAAUGGCAACGAGUCGGAGGAUGGACUGGUCACACCCAGCACUACCACCACCACCACCAUGCAGACAAUCCUCGAGUUCAAGAACCUCAUCCACGACGGCAGCUACGGCGGUGCGUCAGCAUCUUCAUCGUCCGCCAUAUUGGUGUUGCCACCGGAGGUUCUCCCCCUUCCGUACGACAAAGCGCAAGGAUUAGCGACGGAACCGGAAGAAGAACCGCCGGAAACGCAACAGGACCAGAACGUGGAGCUGGAGAGUGAACGGCAGUGAGCGCGGACAGGAACGGAAGCCAAAUCAGGACAGGUGUGCCAUCAGGAAGUUGCCAUCGUUGCCCCCAAAAUUUGGUGGCUUUGUUUGACAUUUUGGUUUGUGGAAGAAGAAGUAGAACCAGGAAGGUGGCAGUUUUAGGGCCAGGGCUGUUUAGCUUAGGACGAUUAAUGACUGAAAGGUAUCUGGCUAGAUGCGACGCAAAGAUGCGCCAUUGCGGCAAGAGGGAUUCGUUCGGGAAUCCACAGCACAGCAAAAAGCAUGACUCCAUGUUUGCAGACAUGCUUGAUAGUAGUAGUGUGUACCACGACGAUUAACGACUCGACUCGACUCGAUACAGGACAGGAGAUGCUACUUUGUAAGGAGGAUCCUUCCAUCGGAGUGUUUGGUUGCGCUGCAGGAAAGGCAAUGUUUUAAAUUAUUCUAAUGCCCAUUUCAUCACGAGACUCAAGAAGAUACCUUGGGCUAGUAAAUGUGUGACUGUGAGCUGUGUGUAUGAGUAGUAUGUGUGCGUGUGUGUGUGACUAUGUUUGAAUGUCUGUACGAGUACGUAUAUAAUCAGUAUAGAGCGAUAAAAGCUAAAGGAAAAAUCAUUUCACCGCUUGGAGAAAAACGCAGCUGCAUUUAUCCCUUCAUCUACACUAGCGUGGCUGAUUCCCUAUAUGCGAUUGUUGUUUUGACGUGCCAUUUGAAUGCAUAUAUGCUUGCUUGCCAUUGUAAGAGACCCGAAAUCCUACCCCAAAUGGAUAGGUAACACUUCUCUCUCUCUCUCUCUCUCUCUUCCAUUUGCUCGCUCCUUCUGUUAUUUGUAAGGUUCGCUUUCCUUUUUUCCUCUCGCAAAACAUUGGCGUAACUUGAGAACAGUUGACUUAAAGUAGGCUUUGUUUUAGUGAAAGUCAGAUAAAAUAGACAAAUUUUGAGAUUUGAUGAGGGUAUGACCAAACGAUUUAUAGCAUGCAUCAAAAACUGGGUAAAGAAAAUACCCCGAAACAGAAACCUUUCACAGUAGAGAUGAACAUUUACAGCCCCAGUUUUGCAACUAAUAAUCAUUUACCUGUUAAUUGAUAUUGCUAAUAGUAAUGGUAUCUAUAGUAGGAUAUUAAUGAUUUUAACUAUAAUUAGAGCUAUUAUUAUUGAGGACAGCACGCACAGCUAUACCGUAUUCCGAAAGGCGGCAGAUACGAUCAGGCAGAACCAGGAAACGUAGGCUAAAACAAAACGGUGGGACAACAGCGAGAGAGACACUUGGAGUUGUCCAAGCAAUUUGUAAUUAUAUUAGUGUGGUUUUAGUUGAUUACCUUUUUCUUCUUCCCCCUUUUUUAGUGUUGGUAGGGAAGUUCUUCUAAACAACAUACAUGCACCAACCGUGCGAAGGAAUGUAGUGUGUGACCGGUUGACCUUACUAAUAAUAUCCUAGUAUUCAGCAACGCAUGCAUUUCUGACGAAAGUAACAACCGUAUGCAACGCUAGCGAUAACGCUAGCACUUUGGAUUGGAGCGCAAGUGACGCAUAUUAGUUCGCAUCAUAUCGCGUUUUCCUCAAAUAAAAGUGAAUUGAAUUGCAAAUAAAAGUUAAGGAAAUAAAAAAAA